UAAGGUUAGUGUAUUAGUAGUUGACACCCUGGAUGUAUAGAUGGAGCUUGUCACCCACACACAUGCAUGUGUCCAAACGAAGAAAUAUGGCGUCUCAACUUCCGGGUAUUCGUGUUCAACUCACUGAACAUCAGCCGCGACACCAUGUUGGAGGGUGCAGUAUGAAGACCAUCCGUGCGAAGUUUGCCAUCCUGAGGAUGAUUACGCACAACGCAGAGGGACGCUGUCUCACAACCAUGGAGGCUCUGGCUGAGCAGUUUCAGGGUGCUCUGAACAUAGUGGUGCUGCUGACUGGAGAGACCAUCACAGAUCUGAAGCUGCUGGGGAGGGGGGACAUCAUCGUGAGCACCCCAGACAAAUGGGACAGCCUGUCUCAGUGCUGGAAAAAAGAGUAAAACGUCCACAAUGCCAGCGUGUUCAUUAUGGAUGAGACCCAUCUCAUUGUAGGAGAACACCCAUCUCUAGACCCAGAAGGUCAAGGUGUCAGAUCAGCCCAAGUUUAAUUACAUGGCAGCAAACUUUCCAUUUUAGAGAGCACACAUGCGCUGGACCUAGAAUGUCCUGUGAGAGCUACAAGAUUUUUCUGUAUAUAUGCUACUUAAUGUGUAUUUUUAUGUAAUUUUUUCGCCUUUAAUCUAUAGUAGCAAUUAGUAGUUUUCGCCAUAGUUUUGUGGCAGUAUGAAGGGCACGGAAGGCAGUGGCUCUCAACCACUAGGGGGGAGUAUAACAGAACACACAUGUGAUUUCCCAUUCCCAGAGUUGCCUGGGGCUGUCUUUCACACUU